GGACGACAGCCGCAUUAGCAUACGCUCCAGUGCUCCACCACACGUUUAAUCUAGUAGCGUUAAAGCACUUCCUAAUAAUUUCGUCGCCGCCUCGGGAGAGACAGAGAGAGAGAGAGAGAGAGAGAGAGGGACAGUGUGCUGUGGAGGUUCCCGACGAGAGGAGAGAGAGAGAGAGAGAGAGAGUGGCGUCGACGACGACGAGCUUGAGCUUGAGCUGUGCAGCAACUGGGAGGUAUGGGGAGGAGUAAACAAAGAGGGGGCAGCAUAGGAAAAGACCACCGGACGCCCUCGUGAAGCCCAGCUUUUCGUGCCGCGUUCAGCCUCCUCCGCCAGCGCGCGAGAUUCUCUCCAUCCGCCCAGGCCCCAGCACAGCAAUGCCGCGCCGCUGGCUUCUUCUGGCUCCCUGCGCGCGGCUGGGCUGCCGUCGGGAUCGCCGCGGCAACGGCCGCGCCCGGCACGUGUUACAAAAACCGGCCGUGCACCAGCCGAUCAUCGGCAGUUGUCAAACUCCCCCCGCGCUACAUCUCGGAGAGCCACCGCCAAAGCUUCGAGGCGGGCGGCGGCUACGGCUGGUACUUUCGUGAUUAUUUCGCUAAACACACUUUUAAGUUGUCCGCUGUACGGCAGUAGAUUACACUGUUAAAUAGUAGAAUGAGACAUAAGACGAGAGACAGUCUUACAGUUCUCCAGUCUAUUUUACCAAUUCGAUUUUUUUUCUGCAAAUAAAGUUAGUUACUAUAUGCUUUUUAUGUGCUCAAAAGUUUUUUUUAACAAUAAUAACAUUGACCAUAAGCCAGCCGGUCUACGUGUGUGCAGUCUUCCUAUACUCUCCAACAAUAGCUCUAAAUUUCGUCCUCUAAAAAAAUAUUCUCUAAAUUUUACAAAAUUCUUUAAAAAGUUUCAUCCUAUACAUUUUUUUAUCUCCAACAACGUUCUCUAAGUUAGGUCUUCUAUGUCUACAGUGUUAACAGACUUUAUUAAGGGCAUUGUUUUUUUUCAUUUCGUUAACUAUAUUAACAGUAAUUUUGACGACUCAAGAAAAUCAAUUACUCAUUCAUUUACAGAAUCACAAAAAUAAAUUAUUUAUUCAUUUACGUAAUUUUUCAUCAUUACAACUAAUUUCUAAACAUUCCUCCAUCACCACUGUAUCCUUGUGACCUCGGUGCCGUUUGGUUCAGCUUCUGGGCGGCUUCUGGCCGCCAGAAGCUGAAGCUCUAACCAAACGGCCAGCUUCUCGGGCGGCUUUUCCUCGCAGCGCUUCGAAUAGAAGCCAGCCGCCUACGGUGCCCGAGAAGCGGCCAUCAGUUGGCUUCUUGCGAACGCUUGGGAAACGUCGCUAGGGUUCUCGCGCACCCACCGCGCUGCCGUCGCUCCCUCUCCUCCCCACACCGACGGCUUCGCAGGGUUGCCGCAUGCACACCGGCGUCGCAGCUCCGUCCUGAAGGCUUCUCCCCAUUACGUCGUCGUCUUCGCAGAUUUCCGCAUCAACAGGGAUUCUUGGACUUCGGUUCCAACAUCCACUGCAGCGAAGAUGGAUUCAGCAGACUCCAUAGCCGACAAGGCAAUUGGAAGGAUGCAAGAGAUUGCGGACAAGAUAUUUUCCGUAGCUCGGGAAACAAUCCGUCCAGGACGCGGGUUGACCUCAUUUGAGGCUACCAAACUACGUGUAGCAUUGGAGGACAUUGCUUGCAUGCUUGAGCAAGACUCUCUGGUGUUGCAAGAGAAUUUGGACAACGUGAACAACGUAAACAACCCUGGUCACAGCAGCUACGAACCGUCAGCCUUGUCCUCACCACCCCCAGCUGAUGAGUACCUUAGUCCGGAUUGGGACUUUGCUGAGCACUUUGAAAACUUCUGGGGUCUUGAAUAUGACUCGGACCAGAUGCCAUCGUUUAGUGAUAAUGAAGUUUAAGUUAGACCAUGUUAGAGUCAGGUAUUAGGGUAACUGGGAUAGAUCAGGCUUUUGGUUCAUGCGCAGUUCUUAAGUGUUCCUUGUGCUUUUGUGUCCAGCAGCACUUUAAUUUCGUCAGUCUCUAUAUGUAAUUAUGGCAAACGAAUGUGACUGCUUAUGGUACUACUUUAUGUUAUUAUGGUCCCUUACCUGUU